UAUAGGAAAAAUUGACUCACGACAUGUGCACUCGAAUCCCUGCUAUAAUGUUGAUUGAAGCCUUGCAGAUCAAUUACAGUUGAGAUGUAGUAUGAAAAUGAUACAUCACGAGUACCUGGUCGUUAAAGUUUCUUUAAAAUCAUUUGCGUAGAAACUAUGUUGAACAGUUUAAAAUUAAAGUCCAUCAGCUUCUGACAUUCGCAAGUGUUGCUUCUAACAUGUUCUAAAUGCCCAUCACUAUGAAGAUAUCAAGUGUUUAUUCUUUAAGCUUCGUGACUUCAGCAAUCUACUAUCUGUGCUUCCCCGCAUUGAUUUCGGGUGCGCCGUAUGCCCUUCGAAAGCCAGAUGAUCGUUUCGAUGUGACAAUAAAGGAUUUGCACCGCAUGUGCGAAUCAAAUGGCCUCAACUUAUACGAAAGUGUUCUUUACUUCCACAUGCCGUAUAUGAAUAUUUCAACGACAGCAAUGAAGAGGAUUUAUGAAGGAAUCUCUUCUGUCAAUUCACUCGAGCCCUUGGACCUUCUCACCGAACAGCACUGUAAAAAAAAUCCAGAAAUCCGAAAAUACUUGCAAUACUUGACAGAUUUAGUGCAAACUUGCAUGGACGAGAAUCGUCGAGUACCAGAACACAAGAAAAGAAAAAUUAUGGAUCUAUUUAUGACACGAGUUUGCUCUGACAUUCAAUACGAUGCCGUCCAAAAGUACGAUAGUAAUUGUUUCAAAAGUGAACGUACGUCUGAGACGUUUGUUAAUUGUUACGGAAGUUCCGAGCCUCGCGGUGUAGUGUUUAGGAAUGAUUACAUAUUACCCAUUCAAUAUCAUCCCACGCACAAGGAAUGCACAGGAGUUUUUAAAUAUUACGAUUGCGUCGUCUAUUCAGUGCAGCGUUGUGAAGACUCAACAAAACAAUUUGUCGAAAGUCACUUCGAGUCGAAGAAGUUAAUCGCUGGAUGUGAAAAUAAUUUGAAUUAUGUAUAAAGAGUAUUAAAUUAAUGUCAAACAA